GUUAGACGCUACUCCGUUUCUUCACCAGCUCACUCAUUUGCCAGAAGUGAUCCCUGGAAAACUAGAGGUCACUCAGGAACUAAGGCCAUGAAUAAACAUCCAUAUAAUGGAGUUCUAGAAGCUCGAGAAACAGUUAAAUCACUGGUGUGUUCUUCAAUUAAAAAACAAGACCAUGAAGAAAAGAUAUUGGCAGAAGAUUCUUUCAGCAGCAAUGGUUCCAGCCAAAGAGCUUCUCCUGAGGAUGGCUUUGGAUGCAGAGACAAGAUAAAGACGGUCAGUUUCCUGCUACCUGUGGACAUGUCUUCGUAUCCCAAAAAUUUGAGUUCUUUGAAAUACUCACCAAAUCAGACCAAAAAUUCUAGUUCUUUGAAAUACUCACCAAAUCAAACCACAAACCAGCUAAGUAUCAUUGCCGAAUAGGACAUGUGCAGUGCUGAAAUUUAAGCACUUGAUUCCCAAGAAAGGAGA